CAGAAAACAAAAAAAUUAGUCACAAAAAGUUGUUUCAUUGUUUGUGACGACAUCCAAACAAGUCCCCAAUGUAACCUCUUUUGGCAGCUUCCAACUAUCACUUCUAUUUCUACCUCCCACCUAGCUCUCUCUGAUAUAUACGUAUAUAUAUACAUAUAAUAAUGGGAGAAGAAGAAACCAAGAGAGUUGAAUCGGAAGCUAAUCCGACGGCCGCACCAUCUGAGAAAAGUCUGGUCCCAAUCCCAGACGAGAAGCUCUCUCUCGCCAAAACCCUUGCCAUACCCGAAAAGGAUUCAGAUUUUGCUGCUGAAAAGAAAUCAGGGGAUCCAACUGACAGAGAUGCUGUGCUUGCACGGGUUGAAACAGAAAAGAGAUUUGCUUUGAUUAAAGCAUGGGAAGAAAGUGAAAAAACAAAAACUGAGAACAAGGCAUACAAAAAGUUGUCAGCCAUUGGAUCAUGGGAGAACAGCAAAAAAGCAUGCGUAGAAGCUCAGUUGAAGAAGAUGGAGGAAAAAAUUGAAAUGAUGAAGGCAGAAUAUACAGAGAAAAUGAAGAACAAGGCGGCCGAAAUCCACAAGGCAGCAGAAGAAAAGAGAGCGAUGAUUGAAGCCAAACGUGGGGAGGAUGUUCUCAAGGUAGAAGAGGUAGCUGCAAAAUUCCGUGCAACUGGCAAUACACCGAAAAAGUUUUUUGGGUGCUUUAGCUACUAAUUUUCUUUCUUAGGCUCAAACCAAAUGAGGAAUUGAAAAUAUGGGAUUUAUAACUUUAAUAGUUUGCAUAUUUUGUUCUUAAUUAGGCUUGUUUUAUUGGUGUUUUGUGUAAUAAUGUAAUGUUUUGGUUUUGUAAAUGUCCUUUUUUUGGUGUGCAUAAUGUGAUUUCAUUGUGUUGUUGUUCAUAAGUGAAAGUGAAACAUGGUUGAGUUGUGAGACUGAAAAUUUGAACUUUUGCCUUGUACCCUUAUAUAUUCCAUACCUUUUCUUUUCUUUUC